UCGAAGCCUCGUACGGCCGAGCCACCCAAUAACAUACACAGCUUCGAACACCAAAGCCGUCCACCGAUUUCCAUUUCCCCUCCGUUCUUUAGUAUUCUACGAGGAAGCAUCGUGGGACUGAAGAAUCAACGUUAGUACUCUAAAAGGAGCUUACUUUAUCAUCAAGUCAAUUCCCUUGGUGUCGCUAUAUACAGCUGGGAACAACACAACGACCAUGGAAGAAUCAGCGCGAAAAGAUGCCUCUUCGGAACGCAAACGCAUCCCCGAAGAGGAAGCGUCGCUACCUUCCCAUCUCUUCUUCUUUUGGGCUCGCGGUCUCUUUCAAAGAGCUUCGGUGUUGAGCAAGCAAGGCAAAGCUCUGGAACACGAAGACUUGCUCCCUCUCCCUACGAUUGACUACGGUAAACGCAUUGGACCGGCGUUUGCCAAUGCCUGGAACAAGGAAGAAGAGCACAUGCAAAGCGAGCAAAAAAGACACAGCGCGUCGGAAGCGCCCACGGUAAUUGGUGCGGGUUUGGCGGAUGCUGUGGAUGGUAGCUAUUCCACAACCCGUGUUCGCCACGCCAUUUUUGCGGUAAUCGGUAGGCGAUUUCUAUUUGCUGGUCUCAUCAAAGUUCUAAACACGGCUUUGCAAUUCAGCUUCCCCCUACUUCUCAACGAGAUCCUCGCAUUUAUAGAGGACACGCAGGCUGGAAGAAUUCCCGAAGAUGCUUCGUGGGAAGACAAGUACCGUGGCUACUGGCUAUCGGCUAUUUUGUUUGCCGCGAUGGCAGCGAAAGCCAUUACGGAAAACGUAUACUUUCAUAAGGUAUACCGAGCUGGCUACCAGGCUCGAGUUGCUGUUUCCGCGGCUGUUUAUAAUAAGGCUCUACGUCUAGCAAACGCCGAGCGCCAAGGCACUACAUUGGGCGAGCUUAUCAAUUUAAUGCAAGUCGAUGCCACCAAGAUUGAAAUGUUUGUACCUCAAAUUCACGUUUUGUGGGAUGGUGUGCUGCAAAUUUGUGGAUACAUUACUAUCCUGUAUACGCUAAUUGGAUGGCCGUGUUUUGCGGGUCUAGCAAUCAUGAUGUUUGCUGGCCCGGUACAAGGAAUCAUCAUGAAGCGAUUGUUUGCUUUGAAUCGUACUAUGGUCAAGCACACGGAUUCUCGCAUCAAGACGACCAACGAAGCUUUACAAGGCAUUCAAUGUGUGAAGAUGUAUACUUGGGAGGAGUCCUUUCAACGCGAAAUUGGUAAAGCCCGGAACGAAGAAUUGGAUAAUCUGAAGGGUGUCGCGUACUUGCGCGGUUUUUCGCGGGCAUACAUGGGUGCCUUGCCGGGAAUUGUGGCGGUCGCAUCGUUCAUUGUUUUCGCGGCCGCCAAGACUGGCUCCACUAUUUCCGCAUCAACCCUAUUUGCUGCUUUAGUGGCGUUCGAUCAGUUGCGAUUUCCUUUGCUCUUUUAUCCUUUGGCGUUGGCACAGCUUGCACAAGCUAACGUUAGCGCUCGCCGUGUUGAAAUCUUUUUGCAAAUGCAAGAGAUUGGAAAAGACGAUUUGAAAGACGGAGGUCUUGAAGUGAGUUCAAUGGACGAAGCGGAAACCCCAACCAAACGCUUUCCAAAGGCCAUUCUUGAGAGCGUUUCUCUCCGAGUGGCCCCGGGAGAGCUCUGUGCGGUUGUCGGCCGUGUCGGUAGCGGCAAAAGCACACUUUGCUCUGCAAUUUUAGGUGAAACUCUAUUACAGAGCGGAGAAGUUCAAGUUAAGGGGAAAAUUGCAUAUGCAUCGCAGUCAGCCUGGAUACUGAAUGCGACACUGCGUGACAACAUUCUGUUUGGUAUGCCAUUUGAUCAAGAAAAAUAUGAUAAAGUGCUGAAAGCUUGCCAGCUCUCACAUGACCUGGAUAUGCUUGACAACGGUGACAUGACCGAAAUUGGAGAGCGAGGCAUUAAUCUGUCUGGUGGUCAAAAGCAGCGCGUUUCAGUUGCUCGUGCGGCAUAUUCGGAUGCCGACCUUGUAGUGCUGGACGAUCCCUUGUCCGCUCUCGAUCCUGAAGUGGGACGCCAGUUGUUUGAGGAGUGCAUUGUUGAUCUAAUGAAGGAAAAAACUCGACUCUUCGUCACAAAUCAACUCCAAUUUCUUCGGUAUUGCGACUCAGUUGUUGCUCUUGGGAAGCGAAAGGUCAUCGAACAGGGAACGUUUGACGACCUGAAUGCUGCCGAAGGUGGAGAAGUGAGGCGACUUUUGAACGAGUUGAAGUCUUCCGAACAGUCACAAAACCAUGAACAGGAGGAGAAUUCUAAGGUGGCAACUGUUGCGAGAACGGCAUCCGCCGCAAAAGAUCCCUCCGUCAACAGAAAGAAAGAGAAGAAAAGCGAUGCUGGUCUCGUGACAAAGGAAGAGCGGAAUAUUGGGGCAGUGUCAUGGGAGGUAUACAAGAAAUACGUACUAGCCGGGGGUGGUUAUUUCAAGUUCUUCUGCGUGUAUUUUGGAUUUGUUCUCUCCGCAGCUAACGGUUUGGCCAGCACAUCCUGGGUGUCUUUUUGGACGAGCGAUUCUGAGUACGAAAGGAACUCACAGGUGUUUUACCUUAGUAUGUACGCUAUGCUUGCAGUUACUCUCGGACUGUUCACCUACAUGCGAGCUUUCCUCCUCGCUCGGUUCGGCGUUCGUGCCGCGGAAAAGUUUCACAAAGACUUGCUGGAGUCCGUUCUCCAAGCACCCCAAAGUUUUUUUGAUACUACACCUGUGGGUCGGAUUCUUUCUCGAUUCUCGAAGGACAUGUAUUCGAUCGAUGUUGAGUUGAGCGACUAUUUCGAUUUUUUCCUUUUCACGUCACUUACUGUCGUCGUUUCUCUGGGAACAAUCAUGUUUGUGACGCCCUGGUUCGGAGUUGCUAUUCUACCACUGGGACUUGUCUAUUUUCGUGUGCUUAAUUACUUUCGGAACGUCUCUCGUGAGACCAAGCGCUUGGAAAGUAUUUCGCGCUCUCCUGUAUACGCUCAUUUCUCUGAAACCCUCGGUGGGCUUUCCACCAUUCGAGCCUAUGGACAGUCCAUUCGCUUCAUGGAAGAUUUUGAAGGCAAAGUUGACUACAAUACUCGUGCUUACUAUAGCAAUAAGACGGCUGACCGAUGGUUGUCAGUUCGUCUUGAAUUGAUCGGUGCAACGAUUGCAGGGCUUGCAGCGGUAUUCUCCUCCAACGUUGCUAUUUCUGAUUCUGUUUCCGGUCAAGACAGCGAUAGCAAUUUUGCUUCGUUGGCCGGUUUGUCUCUUUCCUUUGCUAUCUCUUUAACCAGUUUACUAAACUGGUGCGUACGCUCGUUUGCGCAGCUCGAAGCCGCCAUGAAUGCGUGUGAACGUGUGCUAUAUUACACGGAGAACAUUCCGCAAGAAGCCCCGCCGGAUCGUGCUGCGUUUAAGUGGCCCGACAAGGGAGAAAUUACGUUGAAGAAUCUUCGAAUGCGGUAUCGAGCGGAAACACCGCUGGUCUUGAAGGGACUAAACGUGACCAUUCAUGGUGGAGAAAGGAUUGGAGUCGUAGGACGUACGGGGAGUGGCAAGAGCUCACUCCUGUUGACUCUGUUGCGUUUGGUGGAACCUUCCUUAGAAGAGGGAGAUUACCAAGCUCCUCUUUCAAUCGAUGGAGUUGACGUGCUUCGCAUCGGCCUGAAAGAUCUCCGCUCCAAGCUUGGUAUUAUUCCACAAAACCCUGUUUUGUUUUCCGGUACCGUUCGUAGCAACAUUGAUCCGUUCGACGAAUACUCCGACAAACAAAUUUGGGAUGCCUUGUCCCGAUGCGGAAUGAAAGAGUCGGUCGAAAAUAUGCCGGGUAUGCUGAAUGCUAGUAUCGCUGAAUACGGAGAGAAUUUAUCGGCCGGAAUGCGCCAGAUGCUGGUCCUUGGUCGUGCUUUGUUGAAGCAAUGCCGUAUUUUGCUCUUGGAUGAAGCCACUUCGAGCGUGGACUACGAGACGGAUCGUGAGAUCCAAAGAACGCUGCGGGAAGCCUUUAAUCAGUGCACCAUUCUCACUAUUGCUCAUCGCAUCAAUACUAUUAUGGACAGCGACAAGAUUCUGGUCAUGAAGGAUGGAUAUGUGGAGGAGUUUGCCCCUCCUCAAGAGCUUCUCAAGGACGAGAAUUCCACCUUUUCGGAAAUUGUACGACACGCCAAGUCCGGAGAGCAUCAGUAG